AUGGAGAAGAAGUUAAGGAAAGAGAAGAAAUUAGGGUUGACGAAGAAAGUAAGGAUGGAGAAGAAGUUAUGCAGGGAGAAGAAGUUAAGGAUGGAGAAGAAUUUUGGGAUGGAGGAGAAGUUUGGAAUGGAGGAGAAGAAUCGAAGUAUGGAGAAGAAAUUAAGGAAGAAGAAGUUUAGGAAGGAGAACAAGUUAAGGAAGCAGAAGUUUUGGAUGGAGAAGAAGUUAAGGAUAAAGAAGAAAAAUGAAGUUAAGGAAGCAGAUGAAGUUAAGGAGGAUGAUGAAGAAGUUAUGGAAGGAGAAAAAGUUAAGAAUGAAGAACAAGUUACGGAAGGAGAAGAAGUUAAGGAUCGACAAAUAGUUUGGGAUGGGGAAGAAGUGAAGGAAGGAGAAGAAGUUAAGGAAGAAGAAGAAGUUUUGGAUGGAGAAGAAGUUAAGGAUAAAGAAGAAAGUAUGGAUGGGGAAGAAGAUUGGCAUGGAGAAGAAGUUAAGGAGGGAAAAAUAAUUAUGGAUGGAGAAGAAGUUAAGGAAGGAGAAGAAAUUAGGGAUGACAAAGAAAGUAAAGAUGGAGAAGAAGUUAUGGACGGAGAAGAUGUUAAGGAAGGAGAAGAAAUUAAGGAAGGAGAAGAAGUUAGGGAAAGAGAAGAAGUUUGGGAUGGAGAAGAAGUUUGGGAUGGAGGAGAAGUUUGGAAUGGAGGAGAAGAAUCGAAGUAUGGAGAAGAAAUUAAGGAAUAA